UGGCACCAUGUCCAUGCUGCCUACCUUCGGCUUCACGCAGGAGCAAGUGGCUUGCGUGUGCGAGGUGCUGCAGCAGGGCGGCAACAUCGAGCGGCUGGGCCGCUUCCUGUGGUCGCUGCCCGCCUGCGAGCACCUCCACAAGAAUGAAAGCGUGCUCAAAGCCAAGGCGGUGGUGGCUUUCCACCGCGGCAACUUCCGCGAGCUCUACAAGAUCCUGGAGAGCCAUCAGUUCUCGCCGCACAACCACGCCAAACUGCAGCAGCUGUGGCUCAAAGCGCACUACAUCGAGGCGGAGAAGCUGCGCGGCCGGCCCCUGGGCGCGGUGGGCAAGUACCGCGUGCGCCGCAAGUUUCCGCUGCCGCGCUCCAUCUGGGACGGCGAGGAGACCAGCUACUGCUUCAAGGAAAAAAGCCGCAGCGUGCUGCGCGAGUGGUAUGCGCACAACCCCUACCCCUCACCCCGCGAGAAGCGCGAGCUGGCGGAGGCCACGGGCCUCACCACCACGCAGGUCAGCAACUGGUUCAAGAAUCGGCGGCAGCGCGACCGGGCAGCCGAGGCCAAGGAAAGGUACGAGGAGAAUAGCGAGAACUCCAACUCCAACAGCCACAAUCCGCUGGCUGCAUCGCUGAACGGCAGCGGCAAGUCGGUGCUAGGCAGCUCGGAGGACGAGAAGACGCCGUCGGGGACGCCAGACCACUCGUCGUCCAGCCCCGCGCUGCUGCUCAGCCCUCCGCCGCCACCCGGGCUGCCGUCCCUGCACAGCCUGGGCCACCCUCCGGGCCCCAGCGCCGUGCCCGUGCCCGUGCCGGGCGGAGGCGGCGUGGACCCACUGCAGCACCACCACGGCCUGCAGGACUCCAUCCUCAACCCCAUGUCGGCCAACCUCGUGGACCUGGGCUCCUAGAGCCCCGCCUGCUUCGACGUGCUCGCCUUGUGGGCUUGGCGCUUGGGGACCCGAGAGAGAGGCCGUGUCCGGAGGGCGCCCCGCGCCGGCGGCCCCACCAGGUACUGAAAAAGCCGCGCGCUAAGCGGGCGGAACAG